GCAGUCUCUUUCAUUGGUUACACUUGGCCAUUGUUAGGUGUUGUGCUUUAGCGAGUCAAGUUUUUGGCGUCGUUGCCGGGGACUUUCUAGAGUAUUAGGAAAGGCAGAAGUUUGUUACUUUACCGUUUUUCUUUUCUUUUCUUUUCCACCCUUGCUUUUCACUUGGGUGUUUUUGUUUUUGUUGGUGCAGAUCUGAAUCAUGGAUCCUAAUGGCUUCUCCAAUCAUUGGGGGUAUCCACCACCAUCCGGGUGGUAUUACCCCGCGACUUCCUACAGCAAUCAAGGAGGAGAAGACUAUGGAUUCGGGUUCCAGUACCAGCCCCCUUACUACGGAGAACAAUCAGACCACUGGGCAUAUCAAGAACAACCUCAUUACCAAGAAGACUUUCUCCCACAACCAGAAGGGCCAUCGGAGCUGGAGUUACCCAUGGCGGCCUUCACGGGCCACUCUGCAGAGCCAUGCUACACUUCACUGGAGGAUCCGAACAAACAAUUAAGGCUUCUCGUGGAGCAUUUUGCUCGAGACACUGAGAAAUCAUGCUCCAAGAUGGAUAUUCAAAUCAAAGCCCUUGUCACUUCCGAUCCCUCAUUUCUCCAUGAUAUGGAGGAGACUGUUCAGCGCUCAGCGAAGCAAACAGAGUGGGUGAAGCAAGUUUGCUCACAUCUUGCUCAAGAUCACCUUUCUGCUGCCACGCUAGAAGAGGUAGAGGAUGACAAAGGCUAUGGGAGCGUUGAGGAGCAUACAGAAGUUAUCACAGAGAACUCCCAUGAUAACCAUGAUCAGGAAAGUCCUUUGGUUGCAGACCACACCUUUCCUCAUUUAUGCUCUAACAUGUUGGGCCCGUGCGAGGAGAUGCAAGAUGAUCCCAUUGAAGAAAUUGCUUGGCGACUUGCUCUCCAAUCUGUUCUAGAAGAAGAAGAGCGAGCAAGGAUGAGGAAGAAAGUUGUGGAUGAUGAGGAAGAAAGAAAAGAAGAGGUGGUUCUUGAUCUUUUCCCAGGGGAGAGACCACAUUUUGAAGAAGGAAGGGGGGGUGAGGAAGCAAUUGGCGUCCAGGCUGAGGAUGAAGUUGAGGUGGAAGAGGCAUGCACCGGCCAUGAGUUGCAAGUAAUAUCCCCACCAAACUUUGAGGAACUGCUUGGCAAGGACCCAUUUGCAGUGUCUCUUUGCCAGACCAAGGCCACAUCGACAUCGGUCCCUCUUGGUGGACGCGAUGGUGGCCAAUCGAUGCUGUCAUAUCUGGUUUGGGGCAAUGAGACGAGAGAAGAGAAGAAGAGGUCUCGAGGGUGGAGACUUCAUCUGCAUCAAGUACAUGAGCCUUCAUCACCUGCCACACCACAUGCUCGUGACUUGAGACUCCACCUCAUCGACGAGAACCUCAACUUCAAGGAGGUUCUAGCAUGGACCGAAACUUAGGAGCCAUCGUCCGGCUCACGACGUGAAAGAAGCGCUUGUUGGGAGGCAACCCAACCAGUCGGUUUGCAUUUCGUUCUCUAUUUCUCCUCGGUUGAGUCAGUUUUGCUAUUUGAUUUUAGAAUCAAUAACUCAACCUUUGUGAGAUUUUGUGUGGUGUUUGUGUUCUGAUUACUCUCUCUUCUUGGAAUGCACUGCCUGACCCGUACAUCAUCAUUCACCCUUGAUCUGGUAACUUCGUUCUACGCUCCUUAUCUUUCCUCCAUUGAGGACAAUGUCGUGCUUAAGUGUGGGGGGGUGUUUGAUUAUGUAUGCGGGUGAAUGUUUGGCUGUUUGUGUGCUUGGAGCCUAGUCCACUGUCCAAAUUUUUAAAUUUGAGGGCUCCAAGUACGUGUUUCCUUGCAAAUUGCCUGCUCAGUAUGCUUUGAAUUGACAGUCUCUAUAGUAAUGUGCAACCUAGGGAGGUAGUGUAGCACUAUGGAGGAUGUUGAAGUAUAAGAUUUUUCCUAUCUAGCUCUCUGUUGUGCCAGAUGAUUUUGUGAAUUAGUGGAGCUAAGACCGUUGAAUUCAUGUGGUAAUGGUGACUCUGUUUGGAUUAUGUUAUGGACUCGUGUAUCGAACAGGGUGCUCAUAUGGAAAAUGGGAAGCAGUUGGUCCUCCAUGUCAAAAUCAUUAAAUCUUAAACAUGGGGUAAGCCCAACGUGUGCGGCAACGUUCAUUGCACAAAAUCGGGUUUUGGAAGAGAUUUUAGUGAUCCUUAGUGGGGUACUCCUACAAGGUGAAGCUAAGUUGUCUCUAGUACAAGUAAAACUUCCACCCGUUGAACGGUUUGCCUACUUGAGGAUGUGUUUUUAAGGGCACGGAUAGAGCUUCCGACCCCCCUUAAUUUCAUUGACCCUCCACACGAGUUGAGGAAAAGGAGUUAAAAGAAGUACUCUGGCGAGCGCUAGAUGUACAGAAAUUGCUCUUGCUCGACUAAUAAGGGUCGACCGUGCAAAAGACUGCAGUUGGAACCCCACCAAAUGAAAGAAAAAUUGUAAAUGAAAGUGAGAAAAAGGGGUUCCAACGGUGAAAUGAAGUGAAAGAGCACCCCGGUACAACGAAUCCUUGGUUGUGAAUGGUGUGAGUCCCUUUAUCCAUGAACUGACUGUCUUACUUCUACUUUUUCUCAUGAUCCUGGUUUGAGUCUAGUACUCGCAUUGAGAGAGAUAGGGAACGUCUUAGAAGACCAGUUGACCUCGUAAGCUGCUAUAUGAUCUAGGAAAUCCUCUACCGACGAUCGGGGUUGUAUGUUGCUAUAGAGCUCUGGAGAGCUGCAUUGGUUUGAGUUAGGUUUGCUUGGGGACAAGCAAACAGUUAAGUGUGGGGGGAUUUGAUGACUCAGUAUUUGCACAUGUUUUCCCCUUUGUUUCUUGAUUGUUUGAGCUUGAAUUAUCGUGUCUUUGGCCUAUUUUAUGCUAGGUUAUGUUCCUUUGUCACAUUUCAGGUCCUAGCACAUAAAGUGAAGCAUAGGCGCAAGUUUCAAAUCAAUCAGAGAUCAAUUGACGAUUCGGGAGAAGAAACUCGGGCAUGACCUGAAGAAGAAUGGAUUUAUACCUCACUUUAUGGACAAAUAAUCAUGCAAGCUUGUUAUGAAAAGAAAGAUAACGAGACUACGAGCGUCUGGGAUCAAACGGGGACUGAUUCGGAGUCCGGACGAGGGAGAAACGAAGCAUUAAAUAGAGGCUGAGCAUGCCACACGGGCACGACCCACACGGCCGUGUGGACUGGCCAUAUGGCCGUGUGGAAAUCACCGAGGGCUCACACGGGCAGCUGGGAAAGCCACACGGCCGUGUGGCCUGGCCGUGUGAGUCGGGAAUUGCUAUUUAAAACCCGAUUUUCAGCAAAAGGAAAGGGGGAGAGCUGGGUUUUGGAUCCCAAACACCCAAGGGACGAACCCUAGAGAGAGAGAGCGACUUGGGAACAUUCUUGGAGCUAUUUUGGAGGAUUUCUUCGCCAUUGAAGCUCGGGAAUCAAGCUUGGAGAUGGAGAUUGAAGAUCUAGAUCAGAUUUCUGCAGUCUCUCUCUUCUCUAUGGAGUAACUUCCUUUCACUUAGGUUUUGAGGAACCCUAGUUCCAUGAGUUAGGAUCUUUCUUGUAUGAAGUUUUGGAUGCUUUAUUGUUUGAUUAUAAUCGAAUGAUGCAUGUUUAUUGAGUCAAUUGAAGUCUGAUCAACUUUUCCUGAUUCCUGCUGCAAUCUGAGAUAGAUAGAAUCUGAUUAGGUUGCUAGAGUCUCAUCAUUCGGUAGUAGGAGAUUGGCUAUACGAGAGUUAGCCAAUUUACUGCUUUGUACUGGAAUCCAAUUCCAGUAGUGGAGUUCUGUGCUUAUUGCUUCAGCUUUCUAUCCCGGUGAAGACUAGUCGUCUGCCGGAUAGUUCGACUGAGAGGGUUUGGUCAGCUUAAGAGUUUCCAAGCUACUGUCGGAUCUUCCGCAGUUUAAUCAACAGUAAAACAACCAAAAGGAAUUACAACUUGGACCUAAUUGAGGAGCUAGGGGGAAUCAUACUUAAGUGAGUUCCCAAACUGUAAUUAGUAGUUUUACUUAGUUUAGUUAGUAGAGUAGUUUGGUUAAUCAAUCCUUAAUCUAGUUUGCUAGAUAAUGAACUGAAGCUGAGUAA